AUGGGCCACAGUCUCUGGCCUAAUUUAGAAUUAAAAGCACAUUUACAAAAGGAGAAGAAAUCACGUAGCGCAAGAGCUUGAAGAAGAUCUGGGACAGAAAAUUUUCUCGGAAAAUUCUGUCUCUCGGAGGAAAGAUCGGUAGUUUCCAUAGCGGAAAGGUGUUUUGUAUCUGCUGAUCAGCUUCGGAUUGAUCCUCUUGGAUAAUUCGAUAGAUGGAUCCUAACCAGCCACCAGUUGAAAACUAUGCGAACCCAAAGACAUGUCUCUUCCAUGUUCUAUUCAAGGGUGCUGCGUUGGCGUUUUACAUUCUCUCCGCUCUCUUCUUCAACAGCUUUGUCAUAAUCUUCGUAGUGACUGUCCUUCUUGCUGCCCUUGACUUCUGGGUGGUUAAGAAUGUGAGUGGGCGUAUACUGGUUGGUCUGAGGUGGUGGAACGAGAUCGAUGACUUGGGAGAAAGUGUGUGGAAAUUUGAGUCUCUUGACCAGGAGUCCCUGGCUCGGAUGAACAAGAAAGACUCAUGGCUUUUCUGGUGGACGCUUUACCUUGCAGCAGCUGCAUGGUUUGUCCUUGGGGUAUUUUCUCUGAUAAGGUUUCAGGCCGACUAUCUGCUUGUUGUUGGCGUGUGCUUGUCCCUCAACGUGGCUAAUAUCAUCGGCUUCACAAAGUGCAAGAAAGAUGCAAAGAAACAGUUUCAGCAGUUUGCCUCACAGACAAUCGCAUCACAGUUCCAGUCGACGGUACAAUCUGCCUUCACCUUUGUCUGAAAAGAAGAAAGGUUUAGUGAGAGCAAAGACAGCAGUGUACAAAGAAGAUUUGCCAAAACGACACCAUGUUUUCCAAUAUUUUGUAAGGGUUUAAGAGGUUCAUUUUAUAUUAUUCGUCCUUUACGUGUAUUUUACAUUUUCGACUUCCCCUAUUAACAUUUUGCGGUCUUGUGCGUAUGUUUAGCCCCAAAGAAAUUUCAGAAAUUUUACGUCUUUCUCCCCCUUUGAUCUCUCUCUCUUGGCUAGUGAUGUUAAAAUGGGCUUCAUACCCACGGGCUUAAAAGGCUAUGCAUAUGUAUAAAAAUAAAUGGGUUUUAACAAGGCUGGCCCGUUUAUGUCUGCUUUCUUAAUGGGCAUACCCGCGAAAUAAAAGGGUAUAGGCGCACCAUGGGCCGCCGGUCUUCUCGGUUAGUAUCGGAUCUUCUUUUUGUUCUUUUGUUUUAACGUUGGCGGGCUUAAUUAAAUGUUAAUUGAUUUGGGC